CAUCAUACGCAUCUAUUUCUGGAAGAAGAUUUGAUAUUACACUCCUUUAUCAGAGUAUUGCGAUGAUAUCCGUUCAAAUGUGGCUUCUCUUUGAAUGCAUCCGAUAUCGAAUUCCAACUUCAUCGAUCAAUAAUCGACGUCGUUGGUUUUGGAACUGGCACACCUUUGAGCCUUACAUGGUUUGCUUAGCCUCAUUGGUCGCGAUGUUGAGCGUGACGUUUUAUCUCUUUGACAAUAAAACUUGGUAUAUCGAACUUUUAGGAUAUCUGGCACUUGGCAUUGAGAGCGCGGUUCCCAUGCCGCAAGCGUGGCAAAAUUAUAAAAACAAAUCAGUGAUAGGAUUUAGGUGGGCGAGGACAUCGGUCUGA